CAACUUCCUUUAACUAGAAAAAAUAAGUCAGCUAGUCACCGACUACUACUAGUGUAUUUUCUUCAGAUAGAAAUUGUCUAGUCAUCGUCCUAUCUAAUAUGUAAAUCAGUUAAAAAUUGAGGGCUUUUUUUCAAAAUGGAAAACCCUCAACGUGCCAGCCCGCACGUAGACCACGUAGUCAAAACACCAGGCAGCUAGCCGGGAUGGUUGGAUAUACUAUAUUCUAUUUUGGCAUCAUUUUUUUACUUUGAUCAUUGACAAAUUUUGCAGAGAAAUAUAGUUCCAACUAAUAGCGAAUGGGUUAUUUAAAAGAAAAGAGUUAGACUGAAUCACGCCUUUUAGUUCGAUUCAAGAAAUAAUGCUUCAAUGAGGACUGUCAAAUAAGGGGGUAGCAAAACAGGCAUAGAACGCAAUUGAAAUGCAUUUCUAAGAAGGAAUCUAAAUGAACUUCAUAGUACUCGUUGUGUAACACAGUUUUCGUAACAUGAAUUCGCGGAAUGUAAUUUUAUUUUUAAUUUUAAACUAUAUGGGGAGGUUACUUCUCUCCCCAACGGGGAGGAUCUUCCUUGUUUGUUAAAUGUUGAUGAACAUUACGAAGCUCUCACUCGAGGCCAAGAUUUUCUCCCAUCUCUGUUGGCCUUGGGUGAAAUUAACAGAAAUUUUUGCUGCAGUAAAAUACAUAAGAGGCGGGCAUAAGAGGGGAAUCCUAUAAAAGCCGGCCACCAUCAACAGUUCAGUUAAUAUUCGAUCACUCUGGAGAACAGUUCCCAAAUAGCGGCAAAAAUUUUGGUGUCCCAUCACCUUCUUGGUUACCACAUUUUUCGAACUUAGCAUUACGCACCUUGCUCCAAAAUUUAAUUGACUCCCACGAAAAUGUCAAUUGAAAUUUCACAUGGCACAAGCUUGGAUCAUCCCGAUACUCCUAAACGGAUGUACAUGGACGAUCCAGAAAUCGAAUGGCGAACGGUGAAACCCAAUUACGACAUAGUCAACCGUAAAUACUUGGCAGAAAGAAGCAAAUUUCAUUCUGCCGAUUCUCUAGAAAAAUUGGUAGAAAAUCUAGUAAAGACUUGGGAGAUGGAGAGCACUCACAAAAUCAAAGAAAAGGAUUGGGGCACCGUUGAUGCCGAACGUUACAUAUUCCGGACAAAUGGCGGAGCGCCCAAAGACCUAGCAAACAACAUCGUUAACGGCAACUACAACAUGAUGAUGGAUAACUCACCAUUGUUUGAUGCGUCAAAAGAAACCAAUGCAUCGUCGCAUUUACUUUUUAAAACCGCCUUCCCUGAUGGAUUUGCUUGGGAAUUGCUUGAACUCUAUUCGGGUCCCCCUAAGGUGUCUUUCACCUGGCGACAUUGGGCUCAUUGGACUGGCCCUUAUCGCAACAAUCCUCCCACUGGAGAGCUUAUGGAGAUGAUCGGAUCUUGUGCGGUGGAAGUCGACGAACACCUUAAAAUUGUUGACCUCCAAGUCUUCUUUGAUCCCCAUCCUAUACUAGGGCGACUGAUGAAACGAAGAGAUGCCGACGAUUUCAAUUCAUCGGGGGAUAAACCACAACUCUGAAUGGCUGCUUUGAAAACGCUACAUCGUAACGUUCCCUAUUUGAAGCAGCAGCUCUCCGCCCUACUGGGAAACACGAGCUCGUCUGUCAAAAUCGUCUGCCUAGUUGUUCUCAUAGGUUAUUUCAUAUCUUAUCAUGAACCCGCCGUUCGUUUUCUGACUGUCACACCAGGAUAUGUCUUUCCACCUGGAUUCAGAAUCUGGACAAUCUUUACACAUUGCUUCAUAGAGUUUCAUUUUUGGGAGGUAUGUGUUGACGUUGUCACUUUGGGGCUCUGUGGCAAGCUUAUCGAGCCUCUGUGGGGCAAGAUGGAGAUGCUGACCUUCUUCACCUUGAUCAACACCUCGGUGGCCUUCUUUGGGAUCUUCUUUUACCUUGCUAUUUACAUGGCAACAUUUAAUACAGAUGUCCUUUUUGAAGUUCAUCUUCAUGGUCUUUCUGGAUACAUAGCUGCAGUUUCUGUUGCUGUGAAACAGAUGAUGCCUGAUCAUGUUGUCAUCAAAACUCCAUUGGGAAAAAUGACCAAUCGUAAUGUUCCACUCUGUGUUUCCCUCUUGUCCAUAAUCCUUUACGUAGUUGGCUUGCUAGAAGGAGCAUAUCCCACUAUGUAUACUACUGGAGUGGUCAUAGGGUGGUUGUAUCUUAGAUUUUAUCAGAGACAUAGUAAUGGCACAAGAGGUGAUAUGGCAGAUAACUUCACCUUUGCAAGUUUUUUCCCCACAGUCAUGCAACCCCCAAUUGAAAUUUGCUCCAAAUUUGUCUACAAUCUGCUGGUCGGGUUAAGAAUUUGCCGGAAGCCCAUAAGGAAAUAUGACGUUGGCGGCCCUACAGCAAUAACGAUUAGUCUCCCAGGAACGGAUACACACGAUGCUGAACGUCGGAGGCAAAUCGCUCUCAAGGCUUUAAGCGAAAGAUUAAGCCAACAGGCAGAUUCAGCAUCAACUUGGCCCAGCUUGGAGGAAGAUUCACGACCAAAAACUGGAGUGCAGGCAGAACAAGUUUCUCAAGCAACGAAUCCAGUCGAAGCUCUCACAGUUGCUGUUGAAAUAGAUCCAUCCGUUCCUAAGCCAACAGCUUAGUGCAUUCGUCCAAAUUGUUACUUUCUUUUGUGUGUAAAUACUGUCCGUUUUUCUCCCCUUUUCUCCUCCAGUCCAGCCAUGGAUUGUCUUUUAAUUAUGACGAAAGACAAAAAGAAAUUGCAACAGAUAGUUACGUCAGUGUCAUUGUAUUACAAUUAUUUUACAUUGACA